AUGGAUUUUAAUGAGUUUGAAGCUCUUCUGCCUAAUCCAGCUGAAGCUACUGCCCCAAAAGAAAAAAGAUUACCAGUUGGUCAACAGGAUGGUAAUGUACCACCAGCUCAUGUAACAAAGGAAGAGAGUUCAGAAGAAGCUUCCUGUGGAGACCCUGAUGGAACAGAUACUGCCCCAAAAGAAGAAACAUUGCCAGUUGGUCAGAGGGAUGACUGUGCAGUAAUGACUUGUGUAAAAAUGGAAGCAGGAUCAAAAGAAUCUCCUGGAGACAGUGACAGUAGCUUCAUUGUCCCAAAGGAGGAAGUGCUGUCUUUUAUUGUGAGUUAUGAUGAGAUUGUACCUGUGACUACUGUGAAGCCGGAGAAGAUCACAGAAGAAAAGCAGUGCCUUGGAGAUGCGCCUAGCAGCUUCGUUGUCCCAAAGGAGGAAGUGCUGUCUUUUAUUGUGGGUUAUGAUGAGAUUGUACCUGUGGCUACUGUGAAGCCGGAGAAGAUCACAGAAGAAAAGCAGUGCCUUGGAGAUGCGCCUAGCAGAGAUACCGUUACAAAAGAAGAAAUUUCACCAGUUGGUCAGGGGGGUGAUGGUGCACCACUGACUUGUGUAAAAGUGGAAGAAAGCUCAGAGGAUGAUCCCACUGGAGACGAUGACAGCAGCAAUUUUGUCCCAAAAGAAGAAGUGAUUUCAUUUAUUCUGUGGGAUGAUGAAGCCCCACCUGAUGAUGUGAACGCAGAAGAGAUACCACUGAAGUAUGGUUAUCCUGGCAGCACUGGUGGUGUCAAAAGAAAAUUUGAAUACCAUAGAACUUCGAGCCAACGGUCAUCACCUGCCAGAAGCAAGCAAAGUAACAAAAUGAUGAAAUCCCGUCAGUAUCCAGAUUGGAAAAAUAACACAGCAAGGCAUCGUCAAUUUUGGGCUGGGAGUAGACGAUAUAAAUGCGCUCGGGGUAACAGUGGUUUAGGACAGAAGCAAAACCUAGAAAUGAAUCAAGAGAGUUUGUCAGAAGAGGAUGGCAAAGGUGGGCCAUAUAAAUGUACUGAAUGUGAUAAAAGCUUCAUUGGGAAGCAUAACUUCAUAAAUCAUCAACAAGUUCACCCCAGAGAGACACCAAAGCGACCAUAUAGAUGUACUGAAUGUAACAAGAGUUUCUUACACCUGAUUAAUUUCACAUUACAUCAGCAAAUUCAUACAGAAGACAAAUUGUUUAAAUGUGCAGAAUGCGGAAAGGGUUUUACAUAUCACAGUCACCUUGUAAGCCACUCAGUGAUUCACUCAGAGGAGAAAUCCUACAAAUGUGCUAAAUGUAAUAAAUGCUUUACACAGUACAGUGCCUUAUUACGUCAUCAGCCGACUCACACAGUAGGGAAACCAUAUAAAUGUGCUGAAUGCAGCAAGUGUUUUACACAAAGAAAUCAUUUAGCAAGGCACCUGGUUGUUCACACAGGAGAGAAACCAUACAAGUGUGACAAUUGCAGCAAAUGCUUUACGCAGCGCAGGGACUUGAUGUACCAUCAAGCCAUUCACACGGGGGAAACACCUUACAAAUGUGCUGAAUGCAGCAAGUGCUUUACUCGUCGCAAUCACUUAAUAUGCCACAUGGUCACUCAUACAGGGGAGAAACCAUAUCAGUGUGCUGAAUGUGGUAAAUGCUUUACACAGCGCAGUCAUCUAAAUUCCCAUCAAAUGAUUCACACUGGGGAAAAACCAUAUAAAUGUACUGAAUGCAACAUGACUUUCAGACUUAAGGAAACCUUUAUUAGUCAUCAGAGAUUUCACAUAGGGGAUAAACUGUAUAAAUGCUCUGAAUGUGAUAAGUGUUUUACAGACAACAGUCAGCUAGAACGUCACCUAGCUAAUCACACAAGGGAGAAACCAUUUAAAUGCGAUGAAUGCAGUAAAAGUUUUACAUGCCACAGUCACCUAAUACGCCACCUGCUUGUUCAUACAGGGGAGAAACCAUAUAAGUGUUCAGUGUGCAGUAAAUGUUUUAAACAAAACUGUGAUUUAAAACGACAUCAAGUCCUUCAUACUGGAGAGGAUCUGUAUAAAUGCCCUGAAUGUGGGAAGUGUUUUACAGAACAUAAACAUUUAUUAAGUCAUCAGACUGUACAUACAGAUGAUAAGCUGCAUAAAUGUGCUGAAUGUGGUAAGUGUUUUACACAUCGCAGUCUUCUAAUACGCCAUCAUCGUAUACAUACUGGAGAGAAACCAUACAAAUGCAGCGAAUGCAGCAAGUGUUUUGCACAACGUACACACCUCGAAUGCCAUCAAGCCAUUCACUCAGGAACUAAACCAUAUGAGUGUGCUGAAUGCAGUAAACGCUUUACACAUCAGAGUUAUCUAAGGAAACAUCAGAAAAGAGAACACUCUUCUCAAACGGUGAAGACUAAAGCAAAACGGAUUUCCUGAAUUUAUGAAUAAUUACUAAUCUGUUUAAGAAUAUGAAUUAUUCCUACCUUAGAAUAAAAAGAAAACUGCACAUUUGGAGAAAUUAAAACAAGAGAAAAGAAAGUGAUUAGCAUGUGAGAUCAGCCUGUUAGGCAAGCAGAAGUAAAAAAAAACAUCUUAUCACUGAAGAAAUAUCGCAUUUUUCAUGGAAAUAGCCAGCUUUAGUGACUUCAGUCUUCUCCACAUAAAGGUGCACAAAAUUAAAUGUCAUUAGAUGUUAAUAGAAAUCAGCUUUAUGAAAUAAGGACUCCUGUAUAGCUUCAGUGGUCUUUUGAGUUCUGGUUGUGAAAAUAUGUUUUUAUGCAUGUUGAUGUAUUCUACCAAAAUCCAUACUCUUCAUGUGAAUUACAGAAUGAGGCAAUCCUUGGUACAUUAUGGCUGUUGAGAAGAACGCGCUUGGCAAACAUCACAGACUGAAGGGGUAACAAUGCCAUGCAUAGUUUUAAGUAUGUUUUUUUUCUGUAGGAAUGGGCAUCUGUUCCUCCCAUAGCAUUAAAAAGUCCUAAACAAAGAGAAAAAUUAAACCAGAAAGAAAUCAUCUAAGUAUGCGGAGUGCAUUAAGUGUUUUUACAAAUUACAGUCUGCCUAGGUCUUGACUUAGUAAUGAAAGACUGAAACAAUAUUAAUUUCAUGAUCUGUAAUCAUACUCUUGCAUAGGAAUGGAGUCCAGUCCAAUCAUGAUAUUAGCAACGCAAAACACUUGGAGAAAUUAACCUGCAAGAAAUGUAAUGGUAGUUCAAAACAGUGAACUACAUGCAAGCUGGUUUACAAAGUCUAUAAAAAUCUGCUAGGUACAGACAAACGUAGGUUCUGUAGUACAGAACUAGAAACAGUUGCAUGUCUUGUUGCUCAGUGGAAUAUACUUAUGGCUGAGGGAUUAUUAUCUGAGAGGCAUGAUAAUGUGGCAAGACUGCUGCACCAAGAAUUGUGCAAACACUACAGCAUGCAGAUAGCUGAGAAGAAUUAGAAACUUGGAUCAUAAAGAAUUACUGAAAUUGAAGAUGUUCUGAUGACAUGGGACCAUCAAGUGCCACCAUCAGUUAAUAAAGUAAAAGCAAGUAAAUCAGAUGUAGUAGGCUAAGAAAAAAAGGACAAAAGUAACAUUACUCAUUGAAAUGGCAACACAUAAUGAUCAUAGUGUCAUGCAAACUGUGAGAAAUGGUCAUAAAAUACUGUGAUAUGCAAGCAGAAACUAGAACAGCACGGAAUAAAGAUGUUUAGAUAGUUCCAAAAGUAGCAAGAGCUCCAAGGAUAAUAAAGAAUCCUCAAGCAUACUUAAAUAUGCUACUGGCUACUGGCGCACACAGUCUUACAUGAACUGCAAGAGGCAGUUCUGGGUGCAUUACUUGUACUGAGAGAGCACUCUUGUUAAACAUCAAAGAUUGAAGCAGUACUAAUAUCAUGCAUUAAAUGUGGUCCCUAUUAGAAAUAUUUGGAGAAAUUAGAGGGAAAAAAGUAAGAAGCCCUUCACAUCUGCUAAAAUAGUAUAAAAUUGCUUCAGUUUUGUAAACUGUCCAUAGUGAGUGUAGUGGUAUGCAUAAAAGAAACAGUGUCUGAAAAUAUUGGGAUAUGCAUACUUGCACCAAAACAGAAUGGAACAAAGACACUCAAGUAAUUUGAUUUGUCCUUGAAGCAAGUGGGCAAGUACAUGUGAAUGUGCUACCAGUACAGGUAACUCAUGACAGGAGGAGGCAAUCGUGGUACAUUGUAAAUACUGAGGAGUGCACAUGUCAGAUGUUAGAAUCUGAAGCACUACUGAUGUGAUGAACUUUUACAUAUGCUGUGACUUGAGGUAGGGAUCUAUUUCUGCCAUGCCAUUAAAAUCCCUAUGUAUUUGGAGAAGUUAAACUAGAGAACAACCAUUUAAAUAUGCUCUUAUGUAGGUUUUUCAUAAUGCAGUUCUUCAAAUUAUUCAUAGAUUACAGAACUUUUCUCAAACAUCAAAAACAAUACUUAUGUAACAAUCUUUAUCCCUUUCCUUAUUUAUUAAUCAGAUCUAGUUCCACCUUAACAUUAAAAUGGCCUCAAAUCUUCCACACAAUCAGCACCAUUUUUCUCAUUUUUUUUUCAUGGCAUUGGGGAGUCGAGCCACUCUCCUACCUUCUUCAGCAGUCAUGCCUGAUCGUCACAGGUCUUCUCUCACAUAAUCCAUCAGUCUUUUGAUUGGAUGUACUUCAUUUCCUCUUACCAUCUUCCCUUUUUAACACCUCUUUAAAUUUCAUUUAUAUUUAAUAAUGACAUGGGUGCACAUAUCUUAAUAGUAAAGGAAAAACAUUAUAAACAUUUGUCAUAUUUAUGUAUUAUACGUAAAUGUUACUUUUUAGCAAUGAUCAUUUGUUCAUUAUUAUGUAAAUAGCCUUUCCUGAAAUUUCACUUCUCUUCCUGAACAUUCUUGUGCAUGUACUGUUCCCACAAAUUCAUUUAUUUGUGUGCAGUUUGCUGCUUCUCUUUUCUAAAGAUCCAACAUUCCAGUGCAUUUAUCUCCCUUUUUCAGCAUUCAGUGCUUCAGUUGCAGUUGAUUUAGAUUUUGAUUUCCAUUUUCUAGUAAUUGCUUUUUUGGAAGCCAGAAGCAUUAAACUUAGCAAUUGCUUACUAUGUCUAGGCCAUUUAGUCUCUGGAUCCGGACUCAAAAGAAUCAUUUCCUUUGUUACAGUAAUUUGUUAACCUGACGUUUCUGCCAUAGUACUCUGGAAAAAAGUCUUUUGUGAAUGUAACCAGUUGGUAGAAUUUAAAAAUUCCAUACAAUUACCCCUCUCUCUCCCAUCACACCUCCAGCAUUUGCUCUGUACCUGAGGAAAACUUCUCUGAUGUCUGCAUUGGGUAUAAAAUACCUAUGGAAACACUUCUGUGCAAUAUUCCUAAACCUUCUAGACUUUGUUGCAUACUUGGGUAUCAUAAGAAUGUCUUCCCACUGUUCCUUUGUAUAGUGCCAUUCCGUGCUCACUUCCCAGUUUUUUUCUAACCUCUUCUGAUUGACUCUUACAGUUACUAUGCAUUAUUUUAUACAUUCUACUAAUUAUCCAUUUUUCAACAGCAGCUUCUGUUCUAGACUUUACUAAAAAUGGAACCAGAGCUAGUUUUUCACUUAACGUUCCCUAGCCCUUUCCUUUUUCUUAUACUGUGUCAUCAGUCUCUGGUAGGAAUGGCAAUCUCCAACCCAUCUUCCAAACUUCUGCUUGGCCUCAUCCCACUCUAGUAUUGUUUUCUCACUAACUAUUUGCACCUGAUACCUUGGCUCAUUUGUUAAUUUUCUCCAAUAAACUCCUGGUCCAUCUUGCCAGUUUUCUCUGCCCAUAAAACCUCUUUUCUCCAUUUCCGUGUUAGUUUAGUUUUCAAAACACUUACUGCUACUUCAUUAAUAUAAUAUUCUGUAUGCCUGUUAUUGUUGUUCUAAGGGGCCUACAUAAAAAAUCCUACUCUCUUCUUAUUUUGUGAACUGUCUUGCUUUAACAUAAUAUCUUUCCACUGAUUUGUAAUUUUUCAUUUUUGUUAUGUAUUUAAGCCUUAACUGUGUAGGUCUAAAGUAUUUCUUCAAAUCUGGUAGUCAUAAACCACCGUGGUCUAUUGAAAGAAACAAUUUAUACAGCUUAACUCUUGCCCUUUUUCUCUCCCAAACAGAUUCCUUCAAUUCUUUAAAAACUGCGGUGGUGAUGCUGCAGUAGCGUUGUCACCUCACAGUAAGAUGUUGUCCUGUU